AUGGCCGCAAAGUUGGACGACUACGUGAUCCAGCGACGGCUGGCGCCCGCGCUGUUCGGUGACGUGCUCCUGUGCCAGCACAAGCCUUCGGGCGACCUCGUGGCCGUGAAACGCGUGCUACAGAGCGCCGCGCGCGCCCAGCGCACGCUCGCCAGCAACAAGAAGGUGCACGAGAACGUGGCGCUCGAGCGCGCGCUGUGCCGCGAACUCCAGCGCGCCGGCGGCCACGAGAACGUGCUGGCGCUGCGCGACGAGAUGGAGAUCGACGGCUACGUCUACCUCGUCUCAGACUUUUGUGCACGGGGCGAGCUCUACGAGCUCGUGAGCGCCGCCGACACCGGCCACCUCCCGGUCGCGCUCGUGCAAAAGUACGGGCGCCAGAUCGCGCGCGGCGUCUCGUUCUUGCACGCCCACGGCUUUGCCCACCGCGAUUUGUCGCUCGAGAACGUGCUCGUGACUGACGACGACCAGUGCCAAGUGUGCGACUUUGGCCUCGCUGCGUCCACGGCCCAGCGCAGUCGCGAGACUGUUGGGAAGCUCUUUUACAUGGCGCCCGAAGUGCUCGCUGCAGUGCCGUACCGCGCGGCCAAAGCCGACGUCUGGUCGCUCGGUGUCAUGCUCUUUAUCAUGUUAGUGGGGGCCCCGCCAGUCGAGACGGCGUCGUCUAUGGACGCGCGCUUCCGCCUCAUUACGAACAAGGGCGUGCGGCAACUCCUGGACCGGUGGGGUCUUACACAGGACCUCCCAGCUGCAGCUGUUGACCUGCUUGCUGCGAUGCUGGAGGUGGACCCGGAGCAGCGCAUUAGCAUGGACCAAGUCGUGGCGCAUCCGUUCUUACGGAGCGCCAGCAGUAGCUCUAGUGGAGCUGUUGUGGCUCCUUUGCAGCAGGUUGAAGCCCUCGAGGGGCAGCAGAUACGGACCUCGUUGCCAGUCAAGUGCGCCCCACAGCAGCCAGUGACGCCACUGUCCUCGUCGGUGCCGGUUACGUCCAUGUACGUGACACGUCCCGAGUCGGACGGCAUUGCACGCGGCAGCUGCCGCCUGCUGUUUCACAAGAUCCACCGAUUUUUUUCCCGCCGCCGCAAUAAGCGCGUCAUGGCUGUAAACCGCAGUCAGCCUGUGUCUUCGACGCGGGCAGUUGUCAAGCGUCUCGUGUGCGGCGCGUGA